AUGGUCGUCAUCGACUUUGACAUGGCAGCCACCGGCGGUAACUCCGCCGCCACCUUCUCCGACUCGCCCUUCUUCUACGAUAGAUCAGAUGCCAACGGCGCCGGUCAGGCCAUCUACAAAGAUGCCUCCCACGUCCAGCCGCACAGCAACCCGCGUGUGAGCUACUACCACCCGGCCGGAGUCGGCGACUUUCACUACGGCGAGCGCCAUCCCAUGAAACCUGCGCGACUCACGCUCACCAAUCGUCUCGUACUCGCAUACGGUCUUCACAAACAUAUGAACGUCUUCACUCCAAGAGAGGCCACCAAGGAGGAGCUCGAAAUGUUCCAUGACAGCGACUACGUCGACUUUCUCGCCAACGUCACCCCUUCCACACCGCCCUCGGCCGCAUUCACAAAGUUCAACUUUGCCGACGACUGUCCCGUCUUCGAUGGCAUGUACGACUUUUGCAAGGCUUACUCGGGCGCCUCGCUAGCGGGUGCGCGGCGGCUCGCGGCGGGUGAGACCGACAUCGCGAUCAACUGGUCCGGCGGUCUGCAUCACGCCAAAAAAUUCGAGGCGUCCGGUUUCUGCUACGUCAACGACAUUGUGCUCGGCAUCAUGGAGCUUCUUCGUUUCCAUCCGCGCGUUCUCUACAUCGACAUUGACAUUCACCACGGAGAUGGCGUGCAAGAGGCGUUCUACAACUCGAAUCGCGUCAUGACCGUUUCUUUCCACAAGUACGGCAACGACUUCUUCCCCUGCACCGGCAACAUCGACGAGAUCGGCACAGGGCUUGGCAAGCACUUUUCCCUCAACGUGCCGCUCCAGGACGGCAUCGACGACUCGGGCUACGUGGCGCUGUUCAAGAGCGUCAUGGAGCCCUGCAUCACCACCUUCCGCCCGUCGUCGAUCGUGCUCCAGUGCGGCGCCGACUCGCUCGGACUCGACAGACUCGGCUGCUUCAACCUCAGCAUCGCAGCGCACGGCGAGUGUGUGCAGUUCAUCAAGUCGUUCGGCCUGCCCUUGCUCGUGCUCGGUGGAGGAGGCUAUACGAUCCGCAACGUCGCAAGGUGCUGGGCGUACGAGACGUCGGUCUUGACCGGAUGCUCCAUUCCAGACACUCUGCCCAGCACACCUUACAUGGAAUUCUUUGCGCCCUCGUAUCGAUUGCACGAGCCCACGCAGGCAGGGAGGGUCGAGAACCAGAACUCCAAAGCGAGCCUCGAAAAGAUCCGCGUUCAGAUCCUGGAACAGCUCAGAUACCUGCAUGGCGCUCCAAGCGUCCAGAUGCAGGAGCUGCCUCCAGAUCUCGCAGGCGCCUGGGUCGAGGAGGAAGUCAAGGUUUGA